AUGAAGACCUUCUCCACCAUCGUCCUCGCCGCGGCGGCCGCCACCACCGGCGUCAUGUCCGCCGCCAUCGGCGGCAACCUCAACGCCGUGGUCAAGGCCGACUCCGGCGCGAGCUUCAAGCUCUCCGGCACCGUCAUGAACUCGGCCGCCUUCGACGCGUUCCAGAAGACCGAAGUCGUCGAGACCAGAGUCAAAUUGGAGGCCCGCGAGUUGGAGGCCCGCGAGGAGCCCAACCCCGACCGCAACGUGACCACCCCCGAGAACAUCUUCGUGCUUCAGUGCACCGAUGCUGGCUUCCGCGGUGACUGCCUCGUCUUCGGCUCCCCCCCGGGCCAGUGUGUCUCCUACUUCGACUUCAACAGCGCCAACUCGACGGAAAUCAGCGACAGGUUCAUGGACAAGGUCACCUCGCUGUCCACCAACACCGGCGGCAAGUGCCAGUUCUACAAGUUUGACAACUGCGACGACAAGGGCGACGACCGCGGUCUCACCUCCUCCUACAACUACAACCUCGGUGUUCCCCUCCCGGAGGACCCCCGGACUGUCGAGUACGACCAGCAGAUCACCUCCUGGAGGUGCUGA